CUGAGCGUUUACCUGGUAUCACGAGCUGUGCUAAGUGCCUGUGAUGACGUUGGUCCCUCCAGAGUGUACGCCGGUGAGCCCUGCUGCAGAAGCCCUCAUUCAGUGCUUAUUUCAGCCCUGUCAUACCCGGCCUGGUUUCUCCAAAGACAGACUCCCUGAGACCACCACACAGAGGAGAGGCAGUGAGCUGUUUAAGAAGCACUUUCACACACAUCACCUCACUUGACCUCUUGGCAGGCAGAUCAAAGACUGUUAUCUUCCAUUUACAGGUGAGGAAAGUGGGCUUCGGAGAGGGAAGGCCAUCCCCACAGUCAUGCAGAAUGAGUCAAGGCUUCUGGCUCCCAGCUCUUUGCACCCUUCUUAAUUCAGACUGCCUCCUUACUGCCACUCCAAGCAAGCCAUAAACGAUCGAGAAACUUUGUGAACAAAAGGAAAGAUAACUGUCUCAGAAAUCUAAGCGGAGGAGUUCCCGUUAUGGCGCAGCAGAAACGGAUCCGACUAGUAUCCAUAAGGAUGCGGGUUUGAUCCCUGGCCUCGCUCAGUGGUUGGGGAGACGGCGUUGCUAUGAGCUAUGGUGCUGGUCACAGACACAGCUUGGAUGGUGCAUUGCUGUGGCUGUGACAUAGGCCAGCAGCUACAGCUUUGAUUUGACCCCUAGCCUGGGAACAUCCAUAUGCCCUGGAUGUGGCCCUAAAAAGCAAAAAAGAAAGAAAGAAAAGAAAAGAAAUCUAAGCUGAAAUGGUUGCUGUGAUUCAACUUGUACACUGGCUUUGAGCUUCCUGGCAGUCAAAGCAAAAAUGGCCAAGCUGUCAGUGAUGGAGCAAAGGAAAUGCAUUCACUUAUAACGAGCAGAGACACACUUGUUCCUGAUACUGGUGGAGGAGGAAUGCGUUGUGUGGCUCUUGCAGAGGGACAUGACACACCAGUUGCUGGUGCCACUGACUGUGUAUAUGGGAACUCCCGGAUUGGAUCCUCAUGUGAGCAGGGGUCUUGCUUUUGGAACCGCCCGUCUGAAGGGGUUCUUCCCCGCUGCAGCGGGGAGCUCCCAUGUGUAUGGAGAGUUCUGUGCCCAGGGCAGAGAGGAGGAGGGACGGCCGCUCUGACCACUGGAGAAGAGCUCUUUCUAGAGAGGGCCUGCGGGAUUCCUGCUAAGUGUUUAUCCAGGAGACAAAUAGACCUGGAUUUUUAAAAAUUCCCAUUUAAAUAUUCUAAGGGCCACACCUGCUGCAUAUGGAAUUUCCUAGGCUAAAGGUAGAAUCAGAUGUGCAGCUGCCAGCCUACACCACCACCAUAGCAACACGGCAUCCAAGCCGCAUCUGUGACCUACACUGAGGCUCACGACAAUGCCAGAUCCUUAACCCAUUGAGUGAGGACAGGGAUCGAACCCACAUCCUCGUGGAUACUAGUCAGGUUCUUAACCUGCUGAACUAUAAUGGGAACUCCUAUUUCUACUACUAUUUGCUAGGGCUGUGGGAAGCCAGGGGUCAGAGAAGGAACUCUGGGGAUAGGAUGCCUGAGUUCUAGUCUUGGCUCUGCCAUAGACCACCCUAUAGUCUCUGGUAAGUCACUUCCUCUCCCCGGACCCCAGUUUUCUCAUGUGAGAAAUGGGCCAAUCAGGCUUGUCCUCCUGACUCACAGGUGGAAUCACCCAAGCAGGGAGGGCCAGGGGCUGCCUGUCUCUCCCAUCCCUCCUGGGGCAGGUGAGGAGUUUCUGGAGAAGCUUUUGCAGAGGCUGAAUCCAGCCUGGGACUGCCCCUGGACCCGGUUGCCCUUGGCCAGUGGCUCCGCUGGAACAGCCACCCUGGCCCCUCGAGACCGCUGACCCGGCCAGGGCACCACAAGGGAUCGAUCAGCUCUGGCCUUUGGGCCCUGAUUGGUCCCUACUGAGCAGGGCAAACAGCAGAGUCAUCUACAGCCACAGGCCCCUUCCCCAGCUCCAGUUCACAGCUACCUCAGGCAGGGAGGUGGUGGCUGUCCUGUCCCCGACUGAGCCCGUGAGUGACACUCGAAGCAGAGGAGCCUGGAGCCAUGCGGAGUCUCGGGACCCUGCUCCUGCUGCUGACCGCCUGCCUGGCCGUGAGCGCCAGCCCUGUGCUGACAUUGCCCAAUGACAUCCAGGUGCAGGAGAACUUCGACCUGUCUAGGAUCUACGGGAAAUGGUUCCACGUGGCCGUGGGCUCCACCUGCCCCUGGCUGAAGAGGUUCAAGGACAAGAUGACGAUGGGCACGCUGAUGCUGGGAGAGGGGGCGACGGAGAGGGAGAUCAGCGUGACCAAGACUCACCGGAGGAAAGGUAUCUGUGAGGUGAUCUCUGGGGCUUAUGAGAAAACAAGCACUGAUGGAAAGUUCCUCUAUCACAAAUCCAAAUGGAACAUCACCAUGGAGUCCUAUGUGGUCCACACCAACUAUGAUGAGUAUGCCAUAUUUCUGACCAAGAAGUUCAGCCGCCGCCAUGGACCACCCUUACUGCCAAGCUCUACGGCGGGAGCCGCAGCUUCGGGAAAGCCUGCUGGAGGAGUUCAGGGAGGUUGCCCUGGGCGUGGGCAUCCCGGAGGACUCCAUCUUUACGAUGCCCGACAGAGGGAGUGUGUCCCUGGGGAGCAGGAGCCUGAGCCCACCCUACUCUCGAGAGCCCGGCGGGCCGUGCUGCCCCAGGAAGAGGAAGGAUCAGGAGCUGGACAACCAGUAGCAGAUUUCAGCAAGAAAGAAGAUUCCUGCCAGCUGGGCUACUCCCAAGGCCCUUGCCUGGGCAUGAUCAAGAGGUAUUUCUAUAAUGGCUCAUCCAUGGCCUGCGAGACCUUCCACUAUGGUGGCUGCAUGGGGAACGGCAAUAACUUCGUCUCGGAGAAGGAGUGUCUGCAGACCUGCCGGACUGUGGAGGCCUGCAGUCUCCCCAUCGUCUCCGGCCCCUGCCGAGGUUUUUUCCAGCUCUGGGCGUUUGAUGCCGUACAGGGGAAGUGUGUUCUCUUCAACUAUGGGGGCUGCCAGGGCAACGGCAACCAGUUCUACUCGGAGAAGGAGUGCAAAGAGUACUGCGGCGUCCCCGGUGAAGAGGAUGAAGAGCUGCUGCGCUCCUCCAACUGACCAGCCCGCAGGCCACAGGGCAGCAGGAGGGCCAGCGCCAGCGCCUGCCUGGUGCCCCAUGGCAGGUUCCAAUAAAAACCAAAUCGUAGCCUCCUGAAAUUCCACAUCCUGACUGUUCAUCAUUAAGUGUAAUGAGAUGGGGGAGGGGAGGGGGGGACAAGCUGGGGUGGGGGCCCGAGUAACCCCAGCAUCCCCAGAAGUGAAAAAUGUCUGUGUUGGAAAUGUAAUAGAACUCUCCUCCAUACGUGAAAUUGGCUAUGCAAAUUAUGAAACAUAAAUCACCCUUCUGUAUAAAA